AUGACGCAAGGAUACGUCCCAUCGCUGCCCCUCCUCCCACCCCUUCCGUCCAUCCAGUUGUUCCGCCUGGUGGAAGGAAUCGAUGCGGCGGCAGCGACAGAGGCGGAGGUGAGGGCGUAUGAGGCAACAAUGUUGUUCCGGUUGGUGGAAGGAAUCGAUGCGGCGGCAGCAGAGGCGGAGGUGAGGGCGUAUGAAGCAAACAACCGAGACAGCAUCGCAGCUGCCAGAGCCAAGCGGGUGAGUGACAGUCUGCAGGGAUGGUGUAGAGGUGUGGAGAGCGGUGCAGCGGUGUGGAGAGAGGGUGUGAGGGCGUAUGAAGCGAACAACCGAGACAGCAUAGCAGCCGCCAGAGCCAAGCGGGUGAGUGACAGUAUGCAGGGAUGGUGUAGAGGUGUGGAGAGCGGUGCAGCGGUUAAGAGAGUGGUGAAUGGUGUAACAGUCUGGAGAGUGUUGCAGUGGUAUGGAGAGAGGAGGCGCCUCAAAAGCCCUCCCUCCCUUCAGCAUAUUGCAUCUCACCCACUCUUCCCCCCUACCCCCUCUUUUGAGGCGCCUCAAAAGCCCUCCCUCCCUUCAGCAUAUUGCAUCUCACCCACUCUUCCCCCCUACCCCCUCUCUCUCCCCUCUAAUACCUUCCCUGCUUACACCCGGCAGAGCGCCGAGCAGCAGAGCUGA